AUGGGGUAUCCAGACGGCAAAAAUAAGUAUUUUCGACACCUGCUGUUUUUCGCAUUUCAUCGAGGCCAGAAAGCUGCUGGCCAGACGGCAAAAAUGUUUUUCGCAUUUCUUCGAGGCCAGAACGCUGCUGGGGCAGCUUGGGAGAUUUGCAACGCAUACGGAGAAGGUGUUAUAGCCGAGUCUACAACAGGUAAAUGGUUUGCAAAGUUGAGAUUUGCAUCGCAUACGGAGAAGGUGUUAUUGCCGAGUCUACAACAAGUAAAUGGUUUGCAAAGUAUCAGAAUGGCGAUUUUGACUUGA